AUGGCUAUACCAAUUAGUGAUUUGAGAAAUUGUGAAAGUCAAUGUUUUGUUGCGAGAGAUGAAGACGGGAAAGUAACUCAAGGCUGUGGGAUUUGCCCAACAAAUUCUAAAAGUACAGACUGCGUAAAUUGCAAUGAGAGGUACUGUAAUGAGGAACGACUUGUUCCCAAACAAUGCUGGAUAAAUGAUGAGGAAAUAUGCAAAACUGAAUAUGAUACUCCUUGCUUUACUGAAAGAACCUUGGCUAAUCAGAUUAACAAAGGUUGUGGUAAAUGUUCAAAUCCUUCAACAUGUAAACAAUGCAAAGAUAAUCGCUGUAAUUCUGAGAAAGAGUUCCCUUAUUUUUGUAAAGGUGUUGAUGGAGAUAAGGAAUGCCCAGAACCCGAUUGUUUUAUUUCGAAAGAUAACAACCAAAAUUCCUUCGUAUAUAACUGUGGAAAAUGUCCUCAAUCUUCCUCUGACCUUCCCUCCAACGGUAUUCAAUGCGCAAAAUGCAAAAACAGUCCGUUUUGUAAUACACCAAAAUUCUUCGAAGAACAAUUGUUUUGUUGGGAAAGUUCAAAUACUGACAAAAUGGGAAUGGUAAAAGGAGCGAGAGUUUGCGAGAGUAAAUGCUUUGUAUCUCGUGAUUCAAUUAAUGGGCAAUUAAAUUUUGGCUGUGGUGAAUGUGACGACCCUAAACAUGACUGCAAAACCUGUACAGAAAAGUAUUGUAACGAGGAACGACUUGUUCCCAAACAUUGCUGGAUAAAUUAUAAAGAAAUUUGUAAAACAGAUUUUGAUAUCCCCUGUCAUAUGGAAAGAAUUUCGAUAAACGAAACAAGAAAAGGCUGUGGAGACUGUGAAACUAAAGCCUGCAGAAAAUGCUUAACUCAUCUUUGUAAUGAUUGGGAGGAUACCCCUUACUAUUGUUAUAGUAAUCAAGGAACUGAUGGUGUUAGUGAAUGUAGCGAUCCCGACUGCUACAUUUUGAAGUUGACAAAUAAAAAAGGUAAUGAAUUUGAGGAAAUGGAAGGGUAUUGAAAAUAGCUUAAUGAGUAGGGAUCGGAUUUUAUGUCGUAAAAACCUUGAAAUAGGUACUAAACAAGUUGUAUAAAAUGCUAAAAUAGGUGACAAAUAUAGGCAAAUAGGUUGUAAAAAUAAAAGG